AUGCCAGUUACACGUCAACAAGUUAAAAGCCACAAGGCCCCUACAGAACAAAUUCCUUCGACGUCAGAGGUAACCGCCGCUUUGGCUACCGAAACUAGGACGGAAACCGACACGGCCUAUACAGCCACGGGAACUGUCACAACGGAAGCAACAGAACAGACAGCGAUUUACAGUACUUCCGUAAUGUCAGCACCCUUUGCUGUGUCACCCUCCGCGACAGUCAAAUCGAAGAUUUCGGCCGCCACUCACUCGAUUACGCCCUCCUUCGUAUCGACUCUGCCCGUCGACGCGAAACAGAUGAACCCUCCGGCUACAGGGGGGGUUCAUACAGUCCAACGUACUCGAGAUACAGAGACCUCUACGGUAAAGAAGGGAACAGUUGACAAACCACAGGUACCUCGGGCCCCCAGUAAGAAGGGGGGAGAGGGACGAUCGAACUACAGCAAGACGAAGGCUCACAAAAUUGCAAAGGCAAAGGAAGAACUGCUGCGCCUUCAGGUGGAACUAGCUGCUGCGCGCCUCGCCGCCUUGGAGACAGAAGAAACAGAUACAGAAAUAGAGGAUUUCGAAGACGAUGGUGUCUCCGUCCACUCCAAUACAGAAGUCAACAAACGAGUGGACAACUGGCUAGACAGUCAACCAGCACGUCCCGUGCUAGCGAUCACUGAUGCACCUGACUACUAUACAGAAGAAUCAGUGGUCAAAGACGCGGAACAACAGAAGCUUCCAGAGGAACACCAAAAGUCUGCACAUCAAUCACCGGCGGGAGUGCAAUCAGGUAUAGCAGAGCUAGCUGCAGCUAUCACAAACGCCGUGAAAGCGGCGCAGCGCCCCAAGUACAUCGAACUGCCUUUCUUUGGUGGAUCACAUCAAGAGUGGCUACCGUUCCGCGCCGCUUAUUAUGAAACUGAAAACAUGUUCAGUACAGUGGAAAACAUAAAUCGUCUGCGACGAAACUUAAAGGGAAAGGCUAAAGAAGCAGUUGAAGGGCUUCUUAUCACCAGCGCGCACCCUACGGAAAUUAUGAAGACCCUAGAAUCGAGAUUCGGAAGACCGGAGUCAAUCGCUAUGACAGAGAUGGAGACGCUCCGUGGACUGCCGCGUCUCACCGAGUCACCACGGGACAUUUGCAUAUUCGCGACGAAGGUCUCUAACGUAGUGGCAACAUUGAAGACACUAAGCUGCGUGAACUAUAUGUAUAACCCUGAAGUUUCGAAGACACUCGUGGACAAACUUACACCUACGCUGCGCUACAGAUUCUAUGACUUCGCAGCAACACAGCCCAAGGAAGACCCAGAUUUGUUGAAGCUGGAUAAAUUCCUCAAGAGAGAAGCGGAGCUGUGCGGACCAUAUGCGCUACCUGAACAAGUGGCCUCACAGACAUCAGCCACUCAACAGAAGAAACCACAGAGGGUACACAACGUCGCAGAGAGGAUGUACACAGCCAAGUGUCCCGUAUGCGCAAAAGAGGGACACAAUUCAACAGAAUGUGAACAGUUCAAGAAUUUGGAUGAAAAUGGAAGAUGGGAUACAGCCAAGUCCAAACGCCUAUGCUUUCGAUGUCUUCGAUACAGAAAUAAAAUGCACAGAUGUCGAGCUAAAGUGUGUGGCAUCAACAGCUGCAAGAAUUACCACCACAAGAUGCUGCACUACAACAAAACAGAAAAGAAAGAAGACAAGGAAGCUACAGAAGUAAUCAAUUCUGCGUGGACGAUUAAAAAGAAGCAAUCAUUUUUGAAAAUUAUCCCAGUGCAAGUUGAAGGACCCAAAGGUACUAUCAACACCUUCGCCUUGUUGGACGAUGGGUCAACAGUGACCUUAAUCGACAACAGCGUGGCCGAAUGCAUCGGAGCGCCAGGACCCGUCGAUCCACUGAAGAUAGAAACCCUAAAUGAUAUGAAGACAUCGGAGUCAACUUCGAGAAGGGUAACCAUUAAAUUGAGAGGUCUCAACGAUUGUGAAGAGCAAAUACAAGCGCGCACAGUAAAGAACCUACAAGUCUCGUCACAGCAGGUUUCAAGAGAAAUGGUGGAUAAAUGCAAACACCUAGCAGAUAUCCGCGAUUAUCUCAUAUAUACAGAUGUGAAGCCAAGAUUGCUAAUUGGUCAAGACAAUUGGCAUCUUCUGCUGACAACAGAAGUGAGAAGAGGAGACAAGAACCAACUGGUGGCCUCUCUCACGCCCCUAGGGUGGGUACUACAUGGCAGUCAGACUCGCACCUUAGGACGCCGUAUUGACUUCGUGUCACACGUCGCAGAAGAAAUAGAAGAUGACCUGGAUAGCCUCGUUAAGCAAUACUUUGAGAUGGACGCACUCUGCAUACAGCCAAAGAAACCAAAAACAGACCCCGAAGAACGCGCGCUACAGAUCCUGGAGAAGACAACCAAAAGGACAGCAGAAGGAAGAUACGAAACUGGUCUUCUCUGGCGUAAAGAAGACGUAACGCUUCCCGAGAACUAUGAAAACUCAUUGAAGCGGCUCUUUAUAAUCGAAAAGAAGAUCGACCGAGACUCCAAGCUGAAACAGAAAUACACAGAUCAGAUGGAAGCUCUUAUCUCGAAAGGAUAUGCUGAACCGGCUCCAAAACAGAAAACAGCAGGCAAGACUUGGUACUUGCCACAUUUCGCAGUGAUCAACCCAAUGAAGCCUGAGAAGCUAAGAGUUGUGCACGACGCAGCAGCGAAGACGAAGGGAGUAGCUCUCAACGAUAUGCUGCUCAAAGGACCUGAUCUUCUACAGUCUUUACCAGGCGUCGUUAUGCGGUUCCGACAGCACAUGAUUGCAGUUACAGCAGAUAUUAAGGAAAUGUUCAUGCAAGUGAAAUUACGAACUGAGGACAGAGAUGCACUUCGCUACCUGUGGCGCGGGAAUCGACGAGAUGACCAACCUCCUGAAGAAUAUAGGAUGACGUCAUUAAUCUUUGGUGCGUCAAGUUCUCCGUCUACAGCGAUUUAUGUAAAGAACUUGAACGCCAAACAGUAUGAAGAAACUCACCCCGAAGCCACAGCUGCCAUUAUACAGAAGCACUACGUUGAUGAUUACUUGGACAGUUUCAGAAGUCUUGAAGACGCAGUGCGCAUCGCGAAGAGCGUGCGUGAAGUGCACUCUAAGGUGAGCUUCGAAUUGAAGCAGUGGAAGUCGAACUCUUCAUACCUACUAGAAGCACUCGGUGAAAAGGAACAAACAGAAGACAAGGAACUCUACGAAUCUGAAAAGAAGACAGAACACGGAAGCAAACCAGACUGCAAGGUAUUCUGGACUGACAGCGAAACAGUACUUACUGGGAUACGGACUGGGUCACGCUCAUACAAACCUUACGAUGCGCAUCGCCUUGCAGCGAUUGAAGAGUCUUCUAAAGUCACCGAGUGGCGCUGGGUUCCAACAAAAUUGAAUGUGGCAGAUGAUGCUACGCGAGACGUUCCCACAAUAUUCAAUAGGAACCACCGCUGGUACAAGGGACCCGACUUUCUCUACGAAACAGAAGCUCACUGGCCAACCGAAGUGUCCACCACAGAUCAAGAAGAACCUGCUGGUGAAGAGAAGAUAAAUCAUGUGACCGAUAAAAGGAAACCAAAACUUGCAAAAGCACUACCAGAAGACUCUUGGUUCUCAAAUCGGAACAAGCUUCGACGCGCAACAGCAGAGGAAACAACAAAGAAAAUGAUCUCCUGGCACUAUAUUCCCACUAAGGCGCGAUCCACUUGGCGAUCUGCGCAAAGGUUGGCUGAUAUUUUUUGGGUACGCUGGGUGAAGGGGUACCUUCCUGGACUUCAACACCGGCGGGAGCCAAACGGACGAGGACCUGCAAUACAAGUCAACGACCUCGUACAAAUAGUUGACCCAAACCUGCCACGCAAUGUAUAG